AUGUUACUCAUUCUACUGUCUUUCUUGUUUUUAUCAAGCAACUCGUUCGCUGACCUUCUUGGUGUCGAAGCACCAACGGCGUGUGAAGUGUGCAAAUUAUUCUGUCAUGAGUUUAUGCUACGCUACAACGCAACUGACAGCUCGGCAAUGCUCGACUUUCACGGCGCUUCCAAUAAGAAAGUGCCUUAUUCCACAUCGGAGCUGCGGCUGACAGAAAUAAUGCAGGACCCAGACCUGUGCACCAGCAUGCUUCAAUACAGACUGCACAAUGAAAGAAAGGACAGUACUCGAUUCCAGAAGUCUCGGCCACAAACUUUUGAAACCUUGCGUCAAUUGGUAGACCGUGGUGUUGAUGUUAAGUUGGAUAUUCCACUGUCUCUGUGGGACUCGCCUUCUGUAGAAAUAUCCAUGCUCAAGGAGAAGUGCGAACAGCUAGUCGUAGAAUACGAGAGUUUGAUCGAGGAAUGGUUCUUCGAUCACCAUGAUGAAACAUCCAUCGUAGAUUACCUUUGCAGACAGCGUCUCUUGAAAAAUAUGCCUCUGGCCUGUCUCGAUGAACCGAUGCUGGUCGAAUCAAGCCAAGAAGGGAGUAGAGGCGUGUCCUCGGUACCAAGUCAUGAACCCAGCUCAGAAGACGGAUGUGCUUUACGAAGUGACAGUGUCGCAUUCUCAAAAGCCCCUCUCGAACCUGAAAAGUGGGGUAAUGCAACAUUUCGCACACCAUGUGCAGGAUCUAAGGAACAAGCUGAAUACUCCAAUGCACGACCGUUGACGGAACUUUGA